AUGCACGUACCAGAAUCCGAGCAGGCAAAGUGUAGAGAGCUCAAUCUGAGAGACAAAAUUGAUGAAAAGUCUGUUUUAGGCCUCUAUGCCAUGAAUGGUGGAGAAGGACCUAAUAGCUAUACCCAGAACUCAUCUUACCAAUACCAGGUUAUGAACGACUUCAACACCCUUUUCCGGGAUCAAAUACCACGCUGCGGGUGUACCCUCGAUUUUGCCUGCGCCCUUAACUGGCUGUCGGGUGCAUUUCCCCAGCUUGGAAUAAAGGGAGAGUUAGCAGGAAAGGAAGUUUUCCAAGCCUAUUCAAAUCAUUAUGCAAAUGAUAUAACUUGUGGGUGGAUGGAGGGCUUAUGAUAUGGCCUUACUCGUGCCUGCAGUCCCCACCUUUGAGAAAUCCUACACAACCCCAACUGAAAUGGAUCUCAUUGCUUCUUGCCUAGUGGACAUGACAUGGCAGAGAAGGGAAUAGUCAGCAAGGAAAAGGUGGAUACCUUCAACUUUCCGUUGUAUUUUACUGUUCCACAACAACUAAAGGCAAUAAUAGAGAGGAACCAAAGCUUCAAUAUUGAAAGGAUGGAAAUACUUAACAAUCCCGGGAAACGCACCAUGCCCAGCACAUACCUCAGGGCCGUCUUUGAAGGAUUGCUGAUGAAUCCUUCACUUUGGAACCCAAAUCAUGGAUGAAUUGUUCGAGCGGUACACGAAGAAGCUGGCGGUAUCACCAUUGUUCCUAAAUCCUGACAAUGAGAAAUCAAUAAUAAUAUUUGUCCUCCUCAAGCGCAAAGAGGAAUGAUACAGAAACAUAGCAUCCCCUCCUCUUCAAGUGAAAAGAAGAAAUCCAUAUCAUAAAACCAAAUUAUGUAACAACAGCCUGCUGUACAAUGUUAUCAAUUUGUGGCAAACCACGUGCUGGUGAUUUCAGCAAACAACGUUCUUAUUCUGUUUACUCCCAAAAUACUAUAAGAGGAGCACACCAACUUUCAACACAUCAGUAUCUACGGAGAAUAUAUAUAAAAGACACAUACAUAUUCAGAAACCAUAAACUGUAGGCAUAAGAACAUCACUGAGGUCAAUGUUACUAUUCCCGACAGCAGUUAACCACCAUAAGAAAAAUUUCUAAACAAUGAUCAUGUGCAUGAAAUCACAUCAAGAAGUCCAUACAGGUAAAAUCGCAACUAUCCCACAUAUCUCUGAAAAUAAUACAAAAUGGAGACAAGACGGAACUAGGACAAAGACAGCAUUGUGUACAAGCUGAUAUCCGGAGAUGAUUCACAGGUUGUAUAAAUUACAUUACUCAAACCAAUCGUAGUAUAGUUCUAAUAAUAUAAAAUGGUACCAGAAAGUGUGAUAAGUGAAAAAGAAAAAAAAAAUACACGCAGAUAAUAUUGAAAAUCUUAUUAUUAUUGUCUGUAGUAGCCACUCUGGUGGGGAGGCGGGGGGUAUGGAGAAGGAACAGUGUAGGGAGGGCGGGGCAUCGACCCUGGUUGCUGAGGGGGUGCAUUAUAGUACGGGCCUCGCCAGCCUGGAUAUGCAGGUUGCCCGUACUCAUGAUUCACGGCAGGCUGCUGGUGUUGUGGAGGUGGGUAAGUGUUGGAAGAAGGUACAUGAUAGGGUGGUGGAACUUGUUGCUGGCUCACAUACGGUGGGGUUUGAGAAUAAAUUGGCAUUGGGGACUGAUUUGGCGGCUGGUAAUUGUUUAAUGGUUCCUGUUGGUGUUCAGAACUGGGCCUUUGGGCCUGCCCAGUGGAAGGAAAGGAGUAUCCAGAAGUGGUUUUGUUUUCCUGGAAACUAAGACCCGAUAUUUGCCUCUGGACAUCUUCAAUCAUCUCCCGGCACUGGAUGUUUCGGGUCAUCACGAAAUCACUGCACUGUUGCUUUACUAUGGUGAUAGCAUCCUGUUUUCACAAAAUGAUGCAUCUUGGGGUGAUUUCAGUCCAUACACAAAUAAAACUCAAAGACAGAUGAUUGUGUAGAGAGAAUUGAAAUAAAAUAAAAAGAGUAUCAACUAAAGCAGCUUGGAAUACAGAGCAAGUUUCUACUGUCAACUGCUAGGUAAAUACCUUUAGCCUCCAUACCAGACAUUCUUCACAUAAAAGGUUUCGCUUCUCCUCCUACUUUUUGUUAUAAGUAUCAUCACAAAACUAUACAUUUAUUCAAAUAUUAUACAGCACGUCAACAUUUUCCCAUUAGUUUUACAAUUUUGAGAUUAUUUAAACCUAUCAGGGAUCACAUUACAAACUACAGUAACAUUAAUUCGUAAGUCUAAGCCAAUAUUAGUCACUUUUAAAUAUCGAAGCUCAACUUUCAGGCAGAACAUGUUAGACGUAACAUCUGUCUUUUUGACUCAGCAAGUUCCUGCUGCUCUCUUUUAGUUUUUUUGUUGUGGGGUUGGCUCGUGUGCAGGUUCUGGUGGCCGUAGCGGUGCACUCGCGAGAAGUAGGGGAGGUUGUAUUCUAUUGUUUAUAGGCGUGUGUUGUUGUUUCCUUUUCGUGUUGUUUAGGUGUGCUUGUGUUUGUGUGUAGGUAGUUUUUCUUCUUUAUUGGGUUUGUUAGUCUACUUAGUGGAUUAGUCUCCUUUAUGGAGUUUGUUUAGUCUCUUUUAUGGAGUUUUUUUGUUUCCCGGGUGUUCGUACCCCCUUGGUUGAUCGUGUAAUUCCAAUAGGGGGUUGAUCCAAACGUUGUUGUGGUUCUUGUGGUGUCAUUGAC